AUGUCUCAUCUCAAGACAAAUCACUACAUGAUAUACAGCACGUUGCAAAAGAAUAUAAAACAAGCUUCGUCUCCUCGCAACAUAGUCUCUUCAACUACAAGUACCAAUGAAGGCAGUGAAUGUUCACCUAGAAAGCCAUGCCAGCCAAGCAUUUUUGAAGCUAUAGAAAAACAAGGUACACUGCCGUCAAGUAAUAAACGCGCCAAAGAAAUCACGGAUGCCAUUACGCAUUUCUUGGCAAAAGACAGCGUUCCAUUUAAUGCUGUCGAACGCCCCGGCUUUAAGCGUUUACUUCGCAUCUUAGAGCCACGUUAUGAAGUCCCGGCAAAGUCGACAUUCUCAAGAGAGCGUGUGGUCAAACUUUACGACGCAACGCGAAAAAGACUUCUGGGUGAACUGAAAGAUAGCGUGGAUUUUUUCGCUGCCACAACGGACAUGUGGUCUUCACACGGCAUGACGCCCUAUAUUGGCUUUACCUUGCACUGGAUUGACGAUGAAUGGAACUUAAAAAAUCGGUGUCUAGGAACGAAAUAUGUGCCUGAGGAUCAUACCGCGGAAGAACUCGGUAGUUGUUUAGAUGAUAUCCUAACCUACUGGGGACUUGACCCAGCAAAGAUGACUGUGUUAACAACGGACAAUGGGGCAAACAUCAUCAAGGCGUGCAAAGACAAGGAAUGGAACAAUAUCACCUGUUUCGGUCACAACCUUCAUCUGGCAAUCACGAACACUAUAGCGAAAGAACCAAAUCUGAAGCGUGCAGUGGGUGUUUGCAAGAAGAGUGUUGCAGCCUUCAAUAUGAGUUGGAAAAGAAAAAAGGCUCUUUCAGAAGCACAACUUCAAGAAGAUCCAGAAAACCCUCCAUUAAAACUCGCGUCGGUAUGUACUUUCGCAUUGUUUGUUCCUUCACACUUCACAGUUUAUUAAAAGAUUUCUGUUUGCAUCAUACGACAAUGUUUUCCUUUUAGAUGAACGGCUUAGCUUUGACUUUUGCGUUUGUUUUAUUUUAAUUUUGUCUUUUUGUUUCUUUAGGAAUGCUCAACUCGUUGGGGAUCUACCCACAAGAUGAUUGCGAGAGUCCUAAAGAAUAAGAAGGCCAUUCGUCGUGUACUUGGUGACGACAGGGACACGGCUCACUUGGUGCCAAAGUGGCAAGACAUUGAAGUCUUGGAAGCAGUCGAUGCCGCUCUUGCACCCCUUGCUGAUUUCACCGACAUCAUGAGUGGAAGUGAAUAUGUGACAAUAUCAGCGCUCACACCAAUCCUUCGUCGGCUCAAAAACGAAGAACUCGCUGCAAAGAAUGGAGACCUGCCAAUGACCGUGUCCAUUAAGAAGAAGAUAUUGAAAGCCCUUCAAGUCAAAUAUUCAUGUGAAGAAAAAAAACUGUUGAUGGAUAUCACGUGCUUUCUUGACCCAAGAUUUAAGGUACAGUAUUAGCCGCUUAAUAAAACUGCAUAUUUCGUGUGCAACAUAAUUAAGAAAUAUGCAAAAAUUAGCGUAAGCGGCUCGCCUGUACUGUAGGGUUUUGAAGUGAACUGUUUACUCUACAGUUGGUAAUUAAUUACUAAUUCUAAUAUUUGUUAUAUUAUAUAUAUUUUGCAGACCGACUUUCUUACUGACAACGACGAAGAUUGCGAUGUUGAAUCGAUGGUCGAGUCAAGCUCAAGCGAGUUUGCUGUUGUCAAGAAUGCUCUUUUAAAGGAAGCUGUGUUCGUCACAAGCAAUGCAUCUGAAGAUGAACCAUGCCAACUACCACAGAAGAAAGUCAAGAAGACGCUUGGCUUCAUCACUAGCAUGCGGAAAUCGUCUCAAGUGUCAUCGCCAGCGCAGUCGCCGUGGGAUCGAUUGGAAAAGGAGAUGAAGAAAUACGUGAAUACAGACACAAUCGAUGGCGACAAUGAUCCUUUGUUGUGGUGGAAAUGCCACGGUCGAGACUUCCCAAUGCUCAGUCAGUUGGCACGAAAAUAUCUGUCAAUUCCUGCAAGCAGUUCGCCGUCUGAGAGACUGUUCAGUAAAGCCGGUCAGAUUGUCACCGCACAAAGGUCUCAGCUAAAGCCAGAACAAGCAAAUAUGCUUGUGUUUCUGGCAGAAAAUUUGUAA